GUUCAAAUUGCUUUCUAUGACCUUAUGCUAUUACAAUACUAAUAUUCUAACCUGUAACAUGUACAGCAUGUGCUUUUGCAGGUACCUUGUAGUCUUACGUAGUUUAGGUUUCUUUGGGAUAUCUGGUUAGGGCCACUUGAAGCAUUAUACACUAGCAGUACUUUUUAAAUAGUUGGAGUCAUGCACAGAAUACAUAGUAGUAUUGAAUAAGAUAUGAGUUCAGUUGUGUGAUUGUAGGCUGUUUUUUUGUCAUUUUAGUUCAGUAAAUAUCUUCUUGCUUCUGAAUCUUUGUCAGUCUGUCUGCAUGGAAGCUCGCGGGAAUGGUUUGCUAGUGUCAGCCUCAGCAACAGAAUGGUCCUUUUUUGACAUCUUUCUUUCAUCAUAACUUGGGGUAACAACAGUAACAACAGUCCUGUUCUGGAUUUCCGUAUAGCGAAACACCUGGAAUUGCAAUCAUGGCUUCACAACGAAGAGAUGUUCCUGGUAAAACUCAUUCUCUAAGUAAAUGCUAAAUCUUGAACCAAGUGUCCAGUGCUAUUGAGCAUGGCUCUGGAAGUCUCCUAGGAAAGAUGUCCCAGCCAAUUGGAAUGAGCCGCCGGGCAUUCAGUUAUGAUGAUGCCCUGGAGGAUACAGCACCAAUGACUCCUCCUCCUUCAAAUAUGUACUCCAAUAUCCUGUGGAAACAGCCAGUUAUUCCUGAACGCAAAUAUGAGGAACUUUCUAAGGUUGAGGAAGGGGAGACUAGCAUGCAUUCAUCUGCCAUAAUCCCUUCAUCUUCCACUGAGACUGUGAACAAGGUUCCAGUGGUGAAGGCCAAGGCCACCCACAUCAUCAUGAAUUCUCUCAUUACAAAACAAACUCAGGAGAGCAUUCAGCGCUUUGAGCAGCAGGCAGGGCUGAGAGAUGCCGGAUAUACUCCCCACAAGGGCCUCACUGCAGAGGAGACAAAGUACCAUCGUGUGGCUGAGUCACUCCAUAAUCUGAAGAUGCAAAGUGGAGAGAUGGCAAAAGAAGAUAAACAGGUUUCUUCUGCUCAGUCUACCCCAAGCAGCACUCCCCAGUCCUCUCCCAAGCGCACAUACAGAGGCUGGUUUAGUCAGGGAACCUCCAAUUCCAUCACUGGCACUGAUCUUGUACCAAUGGACUCCAGCAGUGGGGAUGGUGAUAAAGCAUCAUCAGAAAAAUGGAGCUUAUUUGGACCAAGGACGCUUCAGAGAUCAAAUACUGGCACAGGGGGCUUUACCAUCCAGUCAUAUAAGGGUGCCCAGAAGCCAUCUCCAAUGGAACUAAUGCGUGCCCAGGCUACUCGGCUGGGGGAGGAUUCUACAACCUUUAAGCCCCCCAGGAUGGACAUUCCAGCUAUGGAAGAAAAGAGGCAGUCCCCACGUUCUCAUAACCUCAAACCUCGGGACAUGAAUGUGCUCACUCCAACUGGAUUCUAGAGACACCUCUGCUUAAUGGGGCGUGGUCAUGCUCUUCUUAUUUUAUAAUGGACUGAAUGGUCCUUGCCUUUCCCAUUUCAUUCAGCUGACAUAGGAAGGUCUGUUGUAGUAAUGGUGAUGAAACAACACUGAGUGGGAUUAUGAAUUUAUUGCUUUCUUUAUUCCAAAAGUUUUUUCUGUACAGCACAAAUCAUAGCCAUCCUGCCAGUGUAUUUCUGAUAUAUAGCCCUGUGCUUCUGUUUACAGGUAAAUUUUAUAAUGAGCAAACCACCAUUAUGUUGGAGGGUUUUGGGGAGGUGUUUUUGGCUUCGGCUGUCUGAUCUGCUGUGACUGGCUCUUGUGACAUCUGUUUUUUUCCUGCCAGUUUAUUGUAGGGCACUGUGCAACUGUAGCCCCUUAAAGCAUUCCUUCUUUAAACCUUUACAGGAAGCUAGCAUUCUCUGGUCUAGUGUUUUGUGACAAGUCUUGUUCCUGGAAGGUUUUGGAAACCUGGUUUGGCUGUUUCACUUGUAAGAGAUCCAUGCCUUAAGAAUAUGAAGAAAGAAUAGUGCCCAUUUGAGGGCUAUAGUAUGAGAUUCAUGAUACUCUUUGUGAAUUCUGCUCUUGAUGUUAAAUCGUUCACCAUAUCAUGGGAAAGAUCUUUCAUUCCCAGAGAAGCAAGUUGUAAAAGAAAAGAAAAAGGGAAUCAUGGCUAUUACAUUUGAUCUCAGGGGCAUGAGAAUUUUUAGUGGCACUAUUAGGAAAAGGAUAUGAAAUGGGAGUAUAAUUAUUGAGAAAGGGACAUUGGGCAUUAAUUUUUAUUCUGGAUAUAGAGGGAUGCAAAGUAAAUUGCUUAGAGCAACUUAGUUGUAAACAUUAGUAACAAGUGAUGUAAUUGUGUCUUUUCACAUGUUUCUGUCAGACUGUGGAGGACUUUCUGUAUCCAGUUGGAAGCAAGUGGCGCAUGUACUUUCCUUGCUUUCUUGAUUUAAACAAGGGACGCAAAAGUCCCAAUUCCUCAUAACUGGCUAUCCUAGCUAGGGCUUCUUGGAGGUGUAGUGUUAACAUAUGGAGGGCUGUACUGUGUCCACUGCUGAUCUAAACUUUUAAGAUGCAGGUUGGCUUUACAUUAUGAUAAUGAGAUAACAGCCUUAGAAUAUCCAUUAUUUUGUUUAAUGGCACGAUUAAUAGAGACUUCCUCACUAAGCUUUUCUAUGCCCCAAAGAGGUCUGUGUCCUUUCCAUAAAUGAUGAGGUUGUGAUGUAGCUAAGCGACUUACUUAAUAUCUGAUCCAUCCUCCUUUCAACUACAUCUUCGAUGUAUGUUCCUUUGAUAGCAUUCUAGUUCUUGCUAAUUGUCAUCACUGCUUCUGCACAGUAAACGGUGAUCCAGCUUUUUGACUGAUGUUUAAUUUAUUUUGUGAUAUUUUGUGCUCAUGUCUUUAUGCCCGACUCUUCCAUGGAAUUAAAAAAAAAACCCUUCCCAAUGCA